GGCGAUGCCCCGGGACCCGGUUCCCGCCGGGGCCGCAACCCGAGCUGCAGCCGGGGCCGUGGCGCCGAGUUUAGUCUCCGCGACUCCCGCAGCUCGGCGGGCUUCGGACCAUCUGAAGCGCUUUGUGUUAUUCUUGGAAAAUUUCGCACCACUUGUGAAUUCCUUGAACCUGGGCAUUGCAAACCCACUUCUGUUGGGCCCAUCUCCUUUGCACUUUGCUCAGAUUAAGACUCAAUUGGCGCUUCAGCAGCUGAAUGCCGUUGCCUCACAUAGUUCAACACCACCUUAUACUUUAUUAAAUCAGGCUUUCUUGAAAAUAGCCAUGUCGAGACCCAGGUUUAAUCCUCGAGGAAACUUUCCACUUCAGAGGCCACGAGCACCUAACCCUUCUGGGAUGAGGCCUCCAGGACCAUUUAUGAGGCCUGGAUCCAUGGGUCUUCCAAGAUUUUACCCAGCAGGGAGAGCUCGUGGAAUUCCACACAGAUUUGCUGGCCAUGAAUCUUAUCAGAACAUGGGACCACAGAGAAUGAAUGUUCAGGUAACUCAGCAUCGAACUGAUCCAAGAUUGACCAAAGAAAAAUUGGAUUUUCAUGAAGCACAACAAAAGAAGGGGAAGCCUCAUGGUAGCCGGUGGGAUGAUGAGCCUCAUAUAUCUGCAUCAGUGGGAGUGAAACAGAGUUCUAUAACACAGGUUACAGAACAGAGUCCUCAAGUACAGAGCCGCUAUACAAAAGAGAGUGCCUCAAGUAUCUUAGCAAGUUUUGGAUUGUCUAAUGAAGACUUAGAAGAACUCAGUCGCUAUCCUGAUGAACAGCUAACUCCUGAAAAUAUGCCAUUAAUCUUGAGGGAUAUAAGGAUGCGUAAAAUGGGGCGCCGAUUACCUAAUUUACCUUCUCAGAGCAGAAGUAAAGAAACGCUUGGUAAUGAGGCAGUUUCGAGUAAUGUGAUUGAUUAUGGGCAUGCAAGCAAAUAUGGCUACACAGAAGAUCCACUUGAAGUACGUAUUUAUGAUCCUGAAAUUCCAACAGAUGAGGUCAAGAAUGAAUUUCGGUCACAGCAGAGCAUUUCUGCAUCUGUUCCCACUCCAAAUGUGAUAUGUAAUUCUAUGUUUCCUGUUGAAGAUGUGUUUCGACAGAUGGACUUCCCCAGUGAGUCCUCUAAUAAUCAGUCCUUUUUCCCAGUUGAGAGUGGAACUAAGAUGUCAGGCUUACACAUUUCAGGACAGUCAGUCCUUGAACCUGUAAAAUCCGUCAGUCAAUCCAUUAGCCAAACAGUUAACCAGACAAUGAAUCAGUCUCUUAUUCCUCCAUCAAUGAGCCAGCAACCUUUUUCGUCAGAAUUAAUUUCAGCUGUAAGCCAACAAGAGCGGAUCCCACAUGAACCUGUGAUUAAUUCAUCUAAUGUACAUGGAUCAGGAGGAAGUAAAAAGAAUUACCAGUCAGAGGCUGACAUUCCCAUUCAGUCUCCCUUUGGGAUUGUGAAAGCAUCAUGGUUACCAAAGUUUUCACAUGCUGAUGCCCAGAAGAUGAAGAGACUUCCAACUCCCUCUAUGAUGAAUGAUUAUUAUGCAGCGUCUCCAAGAAUAUUUCCACAUUUGUGUUCUCUGUGUAACGUAGAAUGUAGUCAUUUGAAGGAUUGGAUUCAGCAUCAAAAUACAUCUACUCAUAUUGAGAGCUGCCGCCAGCUACGUCAACAGUAUCCUGAUUGGAAUCCUGAGAUCCUCCCAUCAAGAAGAAAUGAAGGCAAUAGAAAAGAAAAUGAAACUCCAAGAAGACGUUCUCAUUCCCCCAGUCCUAGACAUUCUAGGAGAUCAAGCUCAAGUCACAGAUUCCGUCGAUCUCGAAGCCCAAUACGCUAUAUAUACAGACCGAGAAGUCGAAGUCCAAGAAUUUGCCAUCGUUUCAUUUCUAGAUACAGAUCCAGAUCCCGUUCACCAUAUCGAAUGAGAAAUCCAUUUAGAGGUAGUCCAAAAUGCUAUCGAUCAGUUAGCCCUGAAAGGACAUCACGGAGAUCAGUGAAAUCAUCAGAUAGAAAAAAAGCAUUAGAAGAUGUAGUACAACGAUCCGGGCAUGGGUCAGAAUUCAGUAAACAGAAGCAUCUUGAAGCAGUUGAUAAAGGACACUCACCAGCACAAAAGCCUAAAACUGGCAGUGGAUCAAAGCCAUCAGUAAAAUCUACAAACUCUACAAAGAGUGAUUCAAAUUUAGGGGGACAUUCUACUCGUUACAAAGUCAAGAAUAUUGAAGAUGACACAUUACCAGAAUGUAAACAAGUGUCUGAUAAAGCUGUUUCUCUCCAGCGUAAGCUUCGGAAAGACCAGUCUUCGCAUUAUGGUUCAGUUCUUCUUAUAUCUGAAUUACCAGAGGAUGGCUGUACUGAAGAAGAGAUUAGGAAAAUGUUUCAACCAUUUGGAAAAGUUAAUGAUGUCCUCGUUGUUCCUUAUAGAAAAGAAGCUUACUUGGAAAUGGAAUUUAAAGAGGCAGUUACAGCAGUCAUGAAGUACAUUGAAACAACACCUCUUCUGAUAAAAGGGAAAAAUGUGAAAAUAUGUGUUCCAGGAAAGAAAAAAUCACAGAACAAAGAGGUGAAGAAAAAAGCAUCAGAUUCAAAGAAAACAGCUGCAUCUACUUUAAAAAAAGAUCUAGAUGCUUCCAAAGCUGUUGAUACUGUGACUUCAGGUGCUGCUGCCAAAACUGGACAAGUUAAGACAUCUGGAACCAAAGUAAAUAAAUCUUCAGGGAAAUCAGCUGGUUCUGUAAAAUCUGUGGUAACAGUAGCUGCUAAAGGUAAUAAAGCUUCAGUCAAAACAGCAAAAUCUAGUGGAAAGAAGUCUCUAGAAGUCAAAAAGGCUGGCAUUGUCAAAAACAAAGACACCAACAAACCUGUCAUCGUACCAGAAAACUCUGAAAUAAAGACCAGUGUGGAAGUCAAAGCCACUGAAAAUAGUGCUAAAGAAACGGUUUCAGAAGCUGCUGUGGAGGCCACAGAAAAUGAACAAGUCAACAAGGAAACAGAGGAAAUGUGUGUGGUACUUAUUUCUAAUUUGCCUAAUAAAGGAUAUUCUAUAGAAGAAGUUUACAACCUAGUAAAACCAUUUGGUGGUUUAAAGGAUAUUUUGAUUUUAUCAUCUCAUAAAAAGGUAUUUAUGGAAGUAAAUAGAAAAUGUGCAGAUUCUAUGGUAAAAUUUUAUACCUGUUUUCCAAUAUCAAUGGAUGGAAAUCAGCUCUCAAUAAGUAUGGUUCCUGAAAACAUGAAUAUAAAAGAUGAGGAAGCUAUAUUUACAACCUUGAUUAAAGAAAAUGACCCAGAGGCAAAUGUAGAUAAAAUUUACAAUCGAUUUGUACAUCUUGAUAACUUACCAGAAGAUGGACUUCAGUGUGUACUUUGUGUUGGACUUCAGUUUGGAAAAGUAGAUCACCACGUAUUCAUGAGUAACAAAAACAAGGCAAUUCUUCAGUUAGAUAGCCCUGAAUCUGCUCAGUCAAUGUAUAGCUUUCUGAAACAAAAUCCACAGGGCAUAAACUACCGGACCGCGAGAUCAUUACAUCAUCAAAUAAUUUUCCGCAGAAAUUGUGUGUGGACAGCCCAAGCUGACAAAGACCCAGAACUAGGAAAAGAAAGCCCUGACUUGAAAAACAGUCCAGUUGAUGAAAGUGAGGUGCAAACAGCAGCUGAUAGUCCCUCUGUUAAACCUAGUGAGGUUGAAGAAGAAACUGUUCCCAACAUUGAAACAGAAACUUCUGUACAGCUGGAAGAACCUUGUGUGGAAGAACCUGAAAAAGCACUAUGUGACUCUGACUUUGCUAUUGAAACGUUGGAAGUUGAAACUCAAGGAGAAGAGGUCAAAGUGGAAAUUCCUCUUGUAGCAUCCACUCCAAUCAGUAUUGAAUUAUUUACUGAAAAUGUAGAGGAGUGUGUUUUAAAUCAGCAGGUGUAUACCAGUGACUUUGAGAAGGAAGAGGCAGAAAUUAUUAACCCUGAAACAGAAUUAUCUACAUCCGACAGUGCAUUUAUAGAAGAAAGGAACAUUAAAGGAAUUCUAGAAGAAUCUCCAGCUGAAGCAGAAGAUUUCUUUUCUGGGAUUACACAGUCUAUGAUAGAAGCUGUAGCUGAAGUGGAUAAACACGAAACUGUUUCAGAAAUAGUACCAUCUCCUUGUGUUGUGGCCUUAGUACCUGGAAUUGCCAUUGGGGAUGAGAAAGCAGUGAACAAAAAGGGAAUUCCUGAGAAAAGUAACAUGGAUGAAAAGGAGAAGAAUGAAAUUAAUAGUAAGGAAACCAGAAUGGAUCUGCAGAUAGGAACAGAAAAGGCUGAAAGGAAUGAUGCUAGGAUGGUUGCAGAGAAGUUGGAAAAGAUUAUGGCAGCAGUGAAAGAAAAGCCUGCAGAAAAUGCUGUGAUCAAGGCAUACCCAAAUAAAGGAAUGGGUCAGGCCAACAAGCCUGAUGAAACUAGUAAAACUAGUAUGUUGGCUGUAUCACAUACAUCUAGCACUAAAUCAAGCAUCAAGGCUGGUAUGGUCUCCUCUCCAAAGGCAAAAGCUACAGCUUCAAAAUCUGAAAACCAGAAAAGUUUUCUAAAAUCUGUACUCAGAGAUCAAAUAAAUGCUGAAAAGAAACUUUCAGCCAAGGAAUUGGGUCUCCUUAAACCUCCAAGUGCCAGGUCAGGCUUGGCUGAAAACAGCAAUAAAUUCAGACCCACUCAUUGCGGUGUUACCAGAGGAGGCAGUGGAAGGAUCUCAGCCCUGCAAGGCAAGGAUUCUAAACUGGAUUACAGGGAUAUUACAAAACAAUCUCAGGAAACAGAGGCUAGACCUUCCAUCAUGAAACGGGAUGACAGCAACAAUAAGACUUUGGCUGGGCAAAACACUAAGAAUCCUAAAGGCACCACUGGUAGAAGUUCCAAAUCUAAAGAGGAAUCAUCAUUUCCAUUUAAUUUGGAUGAAUUUGUCACAGUAGAUGAGGUUAUAGAAGAAGUAAAUCCUUUUCAAGCCAAGCAGAACCCACUAAAGGGAAAAAGAAAAGAAGCUCUGAAAAAUACCCCUUCCUGUGAACUUAACUUAAAGAAGAAGAAGGGGAAAACUUCUGCCCCUCGUGUUGUUGAGGGGGAAUUAUCUUUUGUAACAUUGGAUGAGAUUGGGGAAGAGGAAGAUGGAGCUGCACAUCUAGCACAAGCUCUAGUCACUGUGGAUGAAGUAAUUGAUGAAGAAGAAAUAAAUAUGGAAGAAAUGGUAAAAAAUUCAAAUUCACUUCUUACAUUAGAUGAGUUAAUUGAUCAAGAUGAUUGCAUUUCCCAUAGUGAACCUAAAGAUGUUACUGUACUGUCAGUGGCUGAAGAGCAAGAUCUCCUCAAACAGGAACGCUUGGUAACUGUGGAUGAAAUUGGUGAAGUUGAGGAGCUACCUUUAAAUGAAUCGGCAGACUUAAGUUUUACCACUUUAAAUACUAAAGGAGAUGAGGGAAAUACUGGAAGGGAUCCCAUUGGGUUCAUUUCUUCCCAGAUGCCUGAAGACCCUUCUACCUUAGUUACUGUAGAUGAGAUACAGGAUGACAGCAGUGAUUUGCAUUUAGUGACUUUGGAUGAAGUAACUGAAGAGGAUGAAGACUCCCUGGCAGAUUUUAACAACCUUAAAGAAGAGCUUAAUUUUGUUACUGUUGAUGAAGUUGGAGAGGAGGAAGAUGGAGACAAUGAUUUAAAAGUUGAAUUAGCACAAAGCAAAAAUGACCAUCCCACAGAUAAAAGGGGGGAUAGAAAGAAGAGAGCUGUGGACACAAAGAAGAUGAAGCUUGAAGCCUUGUCCCACGUUGGUCCAAUAAAUGAAAAUGUUAUGGAAGAAGAUCUGAAAACCAUGAUUGAAAGACAUUUAGCAGCUAAAACGCCAACCAAGAGAGUUAGAAUUGGGAAAACACCACCAUUGGAAAGAGCUGUUGCGACAGAACCAGUGAAAGGUGAAGAGGCCUUCCAAAUUAGUGAAGUUGAUGAAGAAUCUGCAUUGAAGGAUUCAGAACCAGAACGAAAACGUAAGAAGAUUGAGGAUUCUUUAGGGAAAUCAGUGGUACCUGAUGUUCCCGAAGAUUUGGACUUUCUUGUACCGAAGGCUGGAUUCUUCUGUCCAAUUUGUUCCCUCUUCUACUCAGGUGAAAAAGCAAUGACAAAUCACUGCAAGAGUACACGUCAUAAGCAAAAUGCAGAGAAGUUCAUGGCCAAGCAAAGAAAGGAAAAGGAGCAGAAUGAGGCUGAAGAAAGAAGCUCUAGGUGAUUGGGGGAAAGGGGAAGGACUUCAUUAGAAAUUCGUUUAGGGUCCAGUUGAUUUGUGUAUUUUUGUUAUCAUUAAUUUGUAAUUUUUGUUUCAGAAGCAAAUAUUCAUGUUGUACAAAUUUCUGAUUGCCCUUGAUGUGGAGAGACUGAUGGGGAAAGUAUGAUGGGUUUGAUUUUUAUAUCAAAUCAUCAGGCAUGGAGAAAUAUCUUUUAGAAGUGUUAAAAUAAAUGUUCCUACUGUAUAUUUAAAAUAUCA